AUGACGCAAGGAGUGAGCGUUGUCGGAGAGCGUGUUGCGAUGGAGCCGCCAGCAACCGAGGCUGAGUUGCGGCUCCUCCCGGAGCUACUUGCAGUUCUCAAGGGCGCACCCAGUGAAGUUCUUCGGCAUGAAGGAGAAACGUCUUUCUUUCAGGUCGCAAACUUGAGCCACGCAAUUGAUGACUCUGUCGUACACUUGGUGCGGUCGGUUGCCGAGGCUGGUUGGCUGUAUGCUCACCGAAUCCGGCCGUUUGUGCAGCCGCAUCCACUCCCGGGAUCGAUGAAAGAGCGCUGGCGUGUCUGCAAGGAUUCAACCCCUGCGCAAGAGAGUCGAACGCGAGCUGCUCUACGAAGUGCGCUCGUUGCAGAGCUCCAGCCCUACCAUUUGACUUUGGAUCAAGCGGAACGCAUGCUUCUCCAGAAUCGACUCUGUCUCCAGCAACUGGCAAUGCUCAUUGAGCCUCAUCGUUGUACGCUGCUGCGUUGGUUAGCCAUGAUCGCUGAAGCUGCCGCUGAGGCAGCAAAUACCGCAAACGAUGCAGUUUCCAUUCUGAACCUCGUGGGGAGGUUGCAGAACCAUGGCGACCCCGCGGUCAUUCACACCAUGGGUCGAAUCUUUUCCGAAGUUGUUCAGCCCUUACAAAGAAUGGUGAUUUCCUGGGUCGCGUACGGCGAUCUCAAGGAUGCGGGCUUCGAGUUUUUCAUCCAGCUUGAUGACCGAAAAUUCCCUGCUUUGCACCCCGAAUGCGUACCAUAUUGGAUACCAAAACCGCUUGUAGAGCGUUUGUUCCACGCGGGACUCUCGCGGUUUCUCUGGGACAAAUGGGCACAGUGCGCAACUUUCCAGAACGAUGCGGUGCUUCUUGAUUCGCAAUACAGUCCGCCCGCAACGCUUGCCCGUACCUCAUCGUUCCUUGCAUGGCUCGGAUCGUUGUGCGCAUCGGAUGGACCUGGCAGCGGAGUCCCGGUUCGCUCGCUCUUUCUGGACCAAUAUCAUCUCGUGCACCAUCUGAGUAUCCAUCGCCAUUUCGUGUUGCUCGAAGACGGCGAUUUCGCCCUGCAUUUGACAGAAAAGUUGGAGCCUGUCAUGCUGCGUGCAACCGCGAGUGUUGAACGCAGUGCCCUUCUGCAGGCACUGGUUGAAGCGCUGACGCACACUGGGCUGCAUCGCGCGGGGCGAGCUGCCACAGAGCACCUGCUCGACCGCCUCGAUGUGUAUCUCGCGCGUCCCCAGACUCGCGAUCAGGACUGUAUCGCCAAUGCGUUUACGCUUACCUAUCUAUUUCCGGAUCCGAUUGAUUACCUUAUUCGGCAAUGCCCCCAUUUUGGAGAGUACAAGCGCCUCUACGGCGUUUUUUGGAAACUACGCCUUACCCAGUACCAGCUUGCUGUAGCGGCGCACGAGCACAGCCGCCUCUAUCAGGACCUCAAGCGCUGGGCGGCCCCAGGUCGUCGAAUGCCGGCCCCAGCAGCGCAUGACCGUGCCGGAAGCGCCGCCAUUCGAACGCCGCUGGCGAACUGUGCACUCUUUCGUGCACAUCUUCAUCAAUGCCUGCAAGCUGUUAUCCAGUGUUUCUACCGGGAUGUCGUGGACCCAGCCUGGCGUACCUGCGUUGCGAAUCUACACGGCGAGCAUGCCCAGGGCGCAUCCUGGUGCACCCUCAUCGAAGCGCUCGACGCCUACUUUGCCCAAGUGGUCCACGAGCUGACGCCCGCCGACCAAAACACCACUGAUAAGAAGCGCUCCAAGGUGCUGGCACCCGUCAACCAUUUGGAAUCCCCCGCGAAUAACGCCACCGAACGCGCUGGCGCUCGUCCGUCGCCCGGGAAGCCGCAGCAGGCCGUCAGCGCCGCCGCCGUUCCGCAUUGCUGUCGCCCAGCGCCGUGUGGACUCGAGUCGUCGACCGCCGCCACAACACCGGCCAUUGCAUCGCUCUGUGUCAUGAUUCGGCAGUUUCUUGCACUGAAUCAGGGCAUCUGCCUGCGUCUGAAUGGGUAUGUGCGCUCGCUUGGCUACGCCGAUCCAACAUGCCCCAACGAUGAUCUCGCCUGCCUUGAUGCCGCUUUACGACGACAGUUUCGUCAAUGGCAGCGCGUUACCUGCCCAAAAUGGCGAGCCGCUCUCGACGCAAGCCCCUCGGAGGCGCUUCGCCGCCUCGCAGCCGACGUGCCGUGCCCACCGGGGCCUUUGUGUGCGCUCGGACGCACCCCCGAGACGCCUUGA